CGGGGUGCUGGCGCCGGUCGACCGGCGCCUAGCACCGCCCUUUCCUUUGACGCGUCGAUAGUUGUUGCUGUUCCCACACCACCGCCCACUACACACAUUCGACGAAAUUCCCCCGCAUCUCCUUCGAUUCCUUCCUCAGUUUGUCUCGGAAUCCGCCAAGAUCGAAGGUCUCGCCGGAACCUGGCGCUGGCCGUACCGACCCCGGCUGGAUCUCCGUGCUCAAGAGUUAUUGAUGGUUCUUGGGAUCCAGAGGGCGUGGCGGAGGAGUUCUCGGCGAUGAGCAGGCUGGCGUCGGAGCUCCACCGGUUGCGGAGGUCGCCAUGGGAGGUGCUGUGCUCCGCGCUGGUAUCAUGCGGCCUGGUGCUCUUCUCGCAGCUCGCCGUGGCCAUAGUGCCCCGCCUCCUCCCAUCCAUCUCCCUCCUCGCCAUGCUCCCCGUCGCAGGUUUGGUAUUCCUGGCGGCUAUUCUGGUGGGCAGGUUCUGGAGGAGGUUCAUCGGAGUGGCCGCGUCGGCGCCGCUGUUCGUGCUGUUCAAUGUGCUGUUUUUGUGGGGCGUCUACCUAUUCGUCAUCCGGAGAGAUACCUCUUCUCUACUAGACAUGCUGAUUAAUGCUGAGUGUGCACUGCUUCUGUGGGGACUUUACAGGAUUCUUUCUGGUGAUCCCGGCAUUGUUGCAUACGAAUCUUCAUUUUUGGAAGAGGCUGGCUGCAAGGAUUUCGUGGAUGCUAUAUGCUCGAGUGAGAAGUACCCAUCACUCUCAAGGGUGAGGCAUUGUAACUGUUGCAAAGCAAAUGUUAGAGGUUAUGACCACCAUUGCCCUGCAUUUGGUAAUUGCAUAGGACAGAAAAAUCAUAGGUUAUUUAUGGCACUUCUGACAGGAUUUGUUGUUGCUGAAUCGACAUAUACAAUGUGUUCAACUAAAUAUAUAACUAGAUGCAUAACCUCAGGAACUUUAAUAACUGAGAAUCAUUUGUCUCUAAACAUGGUGAUCGGCACAAUUCUCUUCUCAGUCCUCCAAGUGGUAUGGCAGGUUGUGUUCCUGAUAUGGCAUGUGUGCGGCAUCUGCUUCAACAUCAGGACGGAUGAGUGGGUAAUGUCAAAUUUCCCAUGCUUUGGACUCUUUCUUCACCAAUUGCAGGUCGUCUUCUCGUUUGCUGUUUCUUAUAGCUAAGAGAUUUUGAAGUCAAGUUUGUCAAUCCAUACGACAAAGGCAUGCUUUGUAACAUUAGGGAGUUCCUGAAGCCGUAAUAAUACAAGUAUAAUCUAAAACGCACCGAGACCGGAGAACACCCACUCAAGAUUCCUGAAGAUAUUUUUUGCCUGUUACUGUAACACUGAUUCAUAUUCAUUGGUUUGUGUAUCAUUUGGACUGUGGCAGUUCAGAGUCUGCCUUGAUACGAGCAAUUAACAUUUUUUGAAAAUCCUCGUUGAACGCUA